AUGGAGGCUUCUCCACUUACUGUCCUAUUUACCCCCCCUACGCCAGGUUCUUCGGCCGCCACAAUGCUCAUCUUCAUCCUCCCGGCCGCCUUCUACCUCCGCCUGGUGAAGUCGGUGUCGUCGCGCUCCCCGCAGAAAAUUGGGCCCGAGCUUCACAAACGGCUGGCGCGCGCACAAAACAAGAGGCGACAAAGAGCGCCGAACGCCACCGGGCAGCGGUGA